AUGCGGUUCCUCCAAGACGAUAUUUGUCCCCAUCACCACCACCAACUAAGAAAAGAGGUCGCCCAUUAAAGAGAGGGCCUGGUCGGCCUCGUAAGAAUGUGGAUAAUGCGAUGCCAAAAGAGACGAAAGACAGAAAGGCCAUCAAAAAGAACUAG